AUUCUUGGAAAAAAAUGGAGUGGGAAUUGAAUUUUUACAUGCUUUGUUCUACUAUAAUCUUUUUAUUAGCUUCGAUCUUCUUGAUUUCCCAAAAAAAAUCAUCUUUUGCUAAGUACAAUUUACCUCAAGGACCAAAUGGAUUGCCAAUAUUUGGUAACAUGUUUGAUCUUGCUGGAUCAGAACCAUACAAGAAAAUUGCAAGUUUAACAGAAAAAUUUGGUCCAAUUUUGUGGCUAAAAAUUGGGCCCUCAAUGAACACGAUGGUAAUUCAAACAGCAAAUUCAGCAAGUGAAUUAUUCAAGAACCAUGAUGUUUCAUUUUCAGACAGGAGCAUAAUUGAUGUCAAUUUGGUACAUAAUUACUAUAAAGGGUCAAUGGCUCUAGCCCCCUAUGGUAAUUAUUGGCGAUUUUCGAGGCGAAUUUGCACCGUGGAAAUGUUUGUACACAAAAGGAUAAACGAGACAACACACGUUAGGAUAGAAUCGAUGGAUAAAAUGCUUCGAUGGAUCGAGAAAAAAGCGAGUUCGGGAGGAGGAGGAGGAGGAGAGGUUGAGGUGACACGUUAUGUGUUCCUCGCUUCGUUUGAUAUGUUAGGUAACUUGAUUUUGUCUAAGGACUUAGUGGCGGAUCCAGAAUCUGAACAAGGAUCAGAGUUUUUUAACGCGAUGACGGGGAUCAUGGAGUGGGCCGGCGUUCCGAAUAUUUCGGAUAUUUUCCCAUGUCUAAAAAUGUUUGAUGUACAAGGUUUAAGAAAAAAAAUGGAACGUGACAUGGGAAAAGCUAUAGAAAUUAUUAAGAAAUUUAUUGAGGAACGUAUUGAAGAAAGAAAAAAGGGUGAAAAAAAUGGACCAAUUAAAGAUUUAUUGGAUGUGUUGCUUGGUUUUGAAGGCAGUGGAAAAGAUGAACCAGCUAAAUUAUCAGAACAUGAAAUCACAAUAACUAUAUUGGAAAUGUUUCUAGCUGGAACAGAGACAACUAGCAGCAGUGUGGAAUGGGCAUUGACUGAGCUAUUGAGCCAUCCACAAGCAAUGGACAAAGUGAAAUCAGAAAUUUCACAAGUAAUUGGUCCUAAUAAAAAGUUCGAAGAAUGUGACAUAGACAGUCUACCCUAUAUGCAAGCCGUGCUCAAGGAAUCACUACGUUUACAUCCUCCGCUCCCUUUCUUGAUUCCAAGAAAAGCAAUUCAUGACACAAAGUUCAUGGGGCACGAUGUACCAAAAGGGACUCAAGUGCUCGUGAACGUCUGGGCAAUUGGAAGAGAUCCUGAAUGUUGGGACAACCCUUUUGAGUUCAAGCCUGAAAGGUUCCUUGAUUCAAAAUUAGUGGAUGUUAAGGGGCAAAACUACGAGUUAAUUCCAUUUGGUGCUGGACGAAGAAUGUGUGUUGGCCUUCCUUUAGGUCAUCGCAUGAUGCAUUUCGCGUUUGGAUCGUUGCUUCAUAAAUUCGAUUGGGAGCUUCCUCAUAAUGUUUCUCCUAAAUCAAUUAACAUGGAGGAAAGUAUGGGAAUCACAGCAAGGAAAAAACAACCUUUGAAAGUGAUACCAAAAAGAGCUUGAAAUUAGUUGUCUAUUUACAAUUUUUCUCACGAAGUAUAGUAUUGGUUUGGUUGAAAGUCUUUGGGAUUGGUAGUAGAUAUGACUGUUUAUAUCAAAUCAUGUAAAUUUUAUUAUAAUUGAAUGAUUUAAUAAGGUGAGAAACUGAGAAUGCAUGUUAAUUAAUUAUAGUUAAGUGCUAAAAGUCUAUGUACAAACAUACGUUAUGCAUCUAUUGAUUUGAUAGAAACACCAGGUGUGAAUAAAUACUGUCAAAAUAAAACUACUAGAGAGUUG